UGCACACACAGUUUCACCCAACGUUCGGAGCCACCUCCACCUUUCCACGCGUCCCUCCAAGUCCCUCCAGGUCCCUCCGGCCAUCCGUUCGUCCGCGUCGAAGCCAGGAACCCCGCGAAACCGGCUCCAUAGUGCCGCGCUACCCGCUAAUCAAAUCGCACAUUCUCUCGAGAUCUUCCUCGCGCCCGUCUUUCUCCGUUCUUCUCUCGGAUCGCUGGUCCUACUGCGUCCUACCCGCCGGUAAGAGAAGAGAGAGGGGAAGAGAGAGAGAGAGAUAUGUUCGAAGGGACGGAUCGGAUUCGCGGCGGAGGAAAGCGAGGAAGCGGGAAAAGCGGAGGAUUAAAAAGGAGGAUCGGCUCGUAGUGUAAAAGUGGAGCGAUGUUGGGGUGAGCGCCUUUUACGGGCGCCGUGUCUCCGCGGGAGAUCGUAAAAGGACGGGAGAGAUUAAUUCGGGAGGGAAGGAUCGAAACGGACGGAAUUCGAGGGAUCGGUAAGAAAAAUCGGUGGAAAGAGGAGAAGAUCGAGGGAAGAAAGUCAUUGCCAGUGGACAGAGCGGGGGAUAAUCAUCGGCGUGGUGAAUGGAGCGGAGCGUCGGGGGCCGAUGACGAGGCGGAGAGACGACGAUCCGGUCGGAUCAUCCGGGGGAAAAAAGGAAAGGAGAGCGUGGCAGGACGAAAAUCGGACGGUUCGACGGGCGUGGAAUUCGCCGUUUCUUACAGGCCUGUGCGGCGCGACGCGAAUCGUCCGCCUCGGGAUCGGCGCACGAAAACAAGACCACGGAGCAGGAUCGUCCCAAACCUAUCGCUGCUACGCGAUCCAUUCCGUUUUUCUCUCUAUCGGCAUCCGGGAUUUACAUUCGGGUCCGGUCACGAUUUCCAUCGACGCGCGUGUAAAAACCGACCACGGCAGCCCGCCGCUGAUCAAAGGCGAACGGCCGAGAGAUAGACGCGCCUCGCCUCGCCAACGGAUUAGAGGAUAGAGGUAUACACCGAAACCGAUCUUUGUCGUUCCGCGUCCUCGUCCUCGUCGUCCUCGUCGUCGUCGUCGUCGUCAAACGACGUGGAAAGGAACCACGGUUGAAUUUCGUAUUAGGAUUGGAACGCGAGGAGUAAGAAAGGGAGUAGCCUUUAGAGGAUGGACGUGGAUUAUCAUUUCGUCGCAUAAAUCCGCUCGACCGAUAAUAUAUGGGAUCGAUUCGGAGAAAGGAGGAAUCGAGCUCGAGAUCGAUCUCCGUAUCCGGUGUCAAUUGACGAUGCGAUCGAGGCAACGGUCGCGUGCACUUUGCGACCACCGAUUGUGAAAUACUCGUGGAGUAACGAAGGAAGAGGAAAGAUAGUCGGCGAGCAGAGAGAUUCGCGCGCGAUAAUUUUACGAGGAAAAAGUGGCGCCAUUGGGAACACGGGCUAUAGCUAAGGUUAUGGUCGAGAUAAACCGGGGCGAGUGGACGGCACGAUAAGCGGCGUGGACCGUCGCUCCACGACCGCGAGAGGGACGCAACGCGGCUGGCGGCUUCGGGUCCGCUUCGACGAAACUCGAGUCUGCUCUCUAGUCCAUUCCGAUUCCCCGUCACGAGCCGACGAUCCGACCGCGUCGUCCUCCUCCUCCUCUCUCGCUUCUUCUUCCAGAAAGAAAGGAAAAUCUAUCUUCGAUCUUUUCAAUUCUCUCCUCAUUUCGACCACGACGGAUUUCAGAGAAAGAGAGGAGGAUUCUCUUCAGAAGAUUCCGCGCGCCUCUCUCCCGCUUAUCGGCGGAAACUCGUUAUUUACCAACAAGCCGUUCAACCUCGGCCUCUUAACGAGGCACGCACUCGUAAACAUUGGUAAGCGCGAUACAAAAAGUGAUCGAAUAGAUCGAUAGAGGAGCCGGGAGUGGAAAGUGGGCAGGUAGAUUAGCGGGAGAGAUCGUUGAAUCCGACAAGCGGGAAUCCGGGAAUCGUUCUCUCCCCGGGCAAAGUGGUCGGAAGGUGGAGGGAAGCGAGAGGCUCUCGACGAUCGAUCGCCAAUCGGCGGCAACGAGAUUACGAGGGAACUUUGGACGAUCGAGCGAUAAAGAAGAAAAGUGGUGGAGAAGCCGAUCGUGCGGAGUCGCGUGAUAUCCGGGAUACCGGGGGACUCGGCUGACGAGGAAACGAACGAAAAGUGCUAGUGGCGAUCCGAAUCUGUUGGUGAAAAGUGGCAAGUGAACGAUCGCGUCGAAAUACGGAUACGAUCGUUGUCGGUGAACCGAUGCUGAAAGGGAGGCGGCAUCGUCGAUCGUGACGCGGUGCUGCGGCGAAACAGGACCGAGCCUCCUUCGUCCCGCGACUUAUCCCUCUCCGAUUUAUACUGGAGCUGUACUUGCCGUACGCACCACUGCCGGGGGGUGGCGGGAUCCUCCCGGCGGUGAGCAGCGGGCCAGGCUCGGGAGGGUGUCGUCCCGUGCUGUUGGGUGGCGUCGAUCUGUCCAUGUCGGCGGCGGUGCAACCGGUCGCCGCGCUGCCCACGCUGCCGAGUUCCGGUCCGCCGCCGCCGCACAAUCCUCUCCACCACGGGGGAGGGGGACUGGCGUUGCCGGCGUUGGGCUCGGCGCCGGUCAUGAUGCCGCGGCCGCCGACCACCGCUAUGCCACCCCUGGGCCCCUCGUUGCCGCCCUCGCACCAGGACGCCGCCGACUUGGCCGAGGCUGCCCCCAACCAGGACGUCCUCCUGGCACUCCUCGCCAGGAACAAGAACUUGGAAGAACGGAAGAUCGAAACACCAAGCUGUUUUCCGAUCAAGGAAGAACCUUCGAUACCGAAAUGCGGAGGAUGUCAGGAAGCGAUUUUAGACAAAUAUGUUCUGAGGGUUCUCGAGAGGUGUUGGCAUGCGAGGUGUCUCACGUGCAGGGAUUGCGGAGCAAGAUUGACCGAUAAAUGUUUUGCAAGGAACGGCCACGUUUUCUGCAAGGAUGACUUCUUCAAGUAUGGCAGGCGUUUCGGGACGAAAUGCGCGGGCUGCGGCCAAGGAUUGGCACCGUCUCAAGUCGUGCGCAGGGCGCAAGAGUUGAUCUAUCAUCUCACUUGUUUCUCGUGCGCCCUUUGCUCUCGACAGUUGGACACGGGGGACGAGUUCUAUCUGAUGGAGGAUAGAAAGCUCGUUUGUAAACCCGAUUACGAGCAGGCCAAGGCGAAAGAAUUGGCAGACGGAGGGAGCAUAGACGGCGACCAACCGAACAAAAGGCCGAGGACCACGAUCACGGCGAAACAAUUGGAGACGUUGAAAUUGGCGUACAACACCAGCCCUAAACCAGCGAGACAUGUGCGGGAACAACUCUCUCAGGACACAGGGCUGGACAUGCGCGUCGUUCAAGUCUGGUUUCAAAAUAGAAGAGCAAAAGAGAAGAGACUGAAAAAGGAUGCCGGCAGAACGAGAUGGUCUCAAUAUUUUCGAAGUAUGAAAGGAACAGGGGCCGGUGGACAUUCACCUAGGCACGAUAAGCUUCUCGAAAAGGAUGAACUCAAGGUCGAUUUAGAUUCCACUUUUGGUCACCAUGAUUUGAGUAACGACAGUUACGGGACAGUGGUGAACAUGGGAUUAGACGGCGAAGGUGCGAGUCCAGGUGGGGGCGGAAAUGGGGCAGGAGGGGGCCCUCCACGUGGUUAUUUAGGCGCGACGACCCCCCCUUAUCUCUCAACGUCCAGAUCACCGUCCUUACCACCUCAAUUUCCGUAUCCACCGGACGCUGGCCUCUCGGUCUACACCACACUUGGAGGCGCGGGUGGGAUGGUGCCAGGGCCGGCGUCGGAUUUGAGCAACGAAUCGAGCGGAGGCGGCGGAGGCGGCGGAGGUGGCGGUGGAGGUGGUUACCCGGACUUUCCACCCUCGCCCGAUUCAUGGCUCGGCGAACCACCACCUCCACACGCUCACCACCAUUCCCACUACGGCACAUAACCCGGCAAACUGACGCGUUGCCAACCACCGUUCGUAAGAACGGAUCGACGCAAGGCGUUCACUUGACGGCCCUUUUCCGCGAGGCAAGGCUUGUCCCGAAAACUUGAGCCCCCCCCCCCCCCCCCCCCACUUCGGAUCACAACUUGUCCAGUUUCGUCGAUCCGGCGAUCCGAGUCAGACUCGAGUCAGAGAGGAGGUCGUUCCUCGACGUUUCUCGGUGUAUCGAUCCAAAUCCAGAUCCAUCGAGGACAGAGGUGGAACUCGAUCAAGACUGGCCGAUCGAGAACCGUCUCGAAGAAAACAAGUCAUUCCACACACCGUAUUCUGCACCGUCCCGGCGGGUUUCCCAUCAUCGGAAUGACGCCAUGCGUCGCUGUCGUAUAACUCGUUACUUUACAGCGCGAAUACGAUAGCGUUAAUUCGAUAGGUACGAUUAAUCUAAAUAUAUUUAUGUACAAGUUCCUCGUUUCCCGGUACUACUGGAGUUUAAUCGUCGAAUAAAGAAAUAACUAGAAAGGUAGGUUAGACGUGUCGCGAUACCGGACGUUUGCUCGAGUCGAUGUGAUUCGCAAGAUUGCGGUUAUGUUCGUAAUUCAAAUUCUUUUCAAGUUUCUUUGUCAAAUCAAAUUCUUGUUCAAAAUCAUAUAUAUGUGUGUAUAUAUUUCGAUGAAGAACGGUAUUCUAUAAAAGAUCGAUAUUUAUUUUACGGGA